CGCCAGGAUCCGGGAGUGGACGCGCACCCCGAGACUUCCCUAUGGUGUCGGUGGCCAGAGCCGUGUUCGGGGAGCUGCCCUCGGGGGCCGGGACGGUGGAGAGGUUCCAGCUGCGAUCGGACCAGCUGAGAGUGGACAUCAUCUCCUGGGGCUGCACGGUCACAGCCCUGGAGGUCAAAGACAGGCAGGGGCGAGCCUCAGACGUGGUGCUCGGCUUUGACGGGCUGGAAGGUUACCUCCAAAAGCAGCCCUACUUUGGAGCCGUGGUCGGGAGGGUGGCCAACCGCAUUGCCAAGGGCGCCUUCAAGGUAGAUGGGAAAGAGUAUCACCUGGCCAUCAACAAGGAGCCCAACAGCCUCCACGGAGGGGUCCGAGGGUUUGAUAAGGUGCUCUGGACCCCUCGGGUGCUAUCCAAUGGCGUCGAGUUCUCACGCGUCAGUCCAGAUGGUGAGGAGGGCUACCCUGGAGAGUUAAAAGUCUGGGUGACAUACACCCUGGAGGGCAGCGAACUUGUGAUCAACUACAGAGCACAGACCAGUCGGGCCACACCUGUCAAUCUCACCAACCAUUCUUACUUCAACCUGGCGGGCCAGGGUUCUCCGAAUAUAUAUGAUCAUGAAAUCACCAUAGAUGCCGAUACUUUUUUGCCUGUCGAUGAAACCUUGAUUCCUACAGGUUGGUGA